UUGGAAAAAUGGCUACGUCCGCCAUUUUUGACUUGACUUUGAUUUGCAGUUCAUUAAUAAUUUCAUCUUGCACCACCCCACGACUCAGUCUCUGUCUGCAAUUAAUUAUUGAGCAAAUAAAUUGGGCUCGAAACUCCAAACAGUUGAAAAUUGUUUACAAAAUAUUUAUUGAAGAGGAAGAAAAACCUGCAGCUUUGAUCUGAAAAUGAACAUCGAUCGAUUGCUAGUGUUAUUCAUUUGGCGGGUUUAUUGAAUAAUAGAGUUUAGUCCGAUCGAGUAUUGAAAAGUUGGGUAUGGGAAUCUGCUUCAGCUCUGACUCGGUCAACCAGAGCCCAACCACCACCGAGCAAUUAAGUUCAGUUGCAACUUCUCAAACGACCGGAAAUAUAACGUCAUCAACGGUAAAUAGCAAUGUGUCUGGGAACAGCCAAUUCUCGGCUGCCAGUGGGGGGGACGAGGCUAAUCCGUCUGGACAAAUACUACCUCUCCCCAAUUUAAGAAUGUUCACCUUUUCUGAGCUGAAGGCCGCAACAAGAAAUUUUAGAAGUGAUACGGUGUUGGGAGAAGGUGGCUUUGGGAAGGUCUAUAAAGGUUGGCUUGAUGAGAAAGGCACGACGAAAGGUGGAAGUGCAACCGUAAUUGCAGUUAAGAAGUUAAAUACCGAAAGCUUUCAAGGAUUUGAAGAGUGGCAGUCUGAGGUAAACUUUCUUGGAAGGCUUUCUCAUCCUAAUCUGGUUAAGCUGUUGGGAUACUGUUGGGAGGAUAAAGAGCUAUUGCUUAUUUACGAGUUUAUGCAGAAAGGCAGCUUAGAGAACCACCUUUUCGGAAGGGGUUCUGCUGUUCUGCCUCUUCCAUGGGACACAAGGCUUAAGAUUUUAAUUGGAGCAGCUCGGGGACUAGCAUUCUUGCAUGCAUCAGAUAGAAAAGUUAUCUAUAGAGACUUCAAGGCCUCGAACAUAUUGCUUGACGGGUCAUACAAUGCCAAGAUAUCAGAUUUUGGCCUUGCGAAAAUGGGUCCAACGCCUAGUAAAUCCCACGUGACUACACGUGUGAUGGGGACUCAAGGUUAUGCCGCUCCUGAGUACGUCGCCACAGGUAAUUUGCAAAGCAAGUGCGGCUAGC